AUGGGCGGCGUGUCGGUGUCGGCCUCGUCGGACGCGGGCGCGGAUGAGCGCCCCAAGGAGGACGGCAAGCAGAGGCGGCUGGUGGUGGUCACGGGGGCACAGGGGCAGCCGCCGGCGGCGAGGAAGAAUCGCGGGCUCACUGCGGAGGACAAGGAGCAGAACCGGUUGAAGCGCCUGUUGCAGAACCGCGUCUUGACGCAGCAGGCGCGCGAGCGGAAGAAGGCGUACUUGACGGAGCUGCCGCCGGCAGCUAUUGAACAGGGAUGCCGAAGUCCAACGAAUUUGGCCAGCCGGCGAAGCUUGUUUUGGUGGAAAUGGAGGGAGCGGUGUGGGAAAGAAGAGGAGGGGCGGUGCGUAACAAGGAAGGGAACGUGGUUAACCAGAAUAAUCCAGCCCAACUAA